AGACAUUUGAGUCUAAAGCAAAAUGUUCUCCAAAGUAGUGCUCGCUUGUGCCCUGGUAGCGGCGUGCCAGGCUGGUUACAUUCACCAUGCGCCAGCUGUCUCCUCACAGAGCAUCGUCCGCCACGACCAGACCGUCCACCAUGAGGCUCCAGUACAUUACUCUGCUCCCGUAGUCCACGCUGCACCCAUCGCUCACGCAGCUCCCGCUGUCCACGCCGUCCACGCUGCUCCUUCGCACGAAGACCACUACGUCGAUGAAUACGCUCAUCCCAAAUACGGGUACUCCUACUCUGUUGAGGACCCUCACACCGGCGACCACAAGUCUCAACACGAGACUCGUGAUGGUGACGUAGUUAAGGGAGAAUACUCUUUGCUGCAGCCUGAUGGUUCUUUCCGCAAGGUCACUUACACCGCUGACCACCACAAUGGAUUCAACGCCGUCGUCCACAACUCACCGCCCGUGAUCCACCACCAUUAAAUGGUUAUUUACCCAAUCUGUGAUAUUAGUGUUAAUGUGUUCUUGUAGUCGAGUGUGUAGCCUUCCAUCUGUUCUCAUUAAUGAUAUUUAGUAAUACACUACAGUGCAUUAGGACGGGCCCAGCGACAACAAGUAGGAACAAUCUGUUUCAACAAUCAUAAAUGGAGACUGGAUCGAUUAGUUUCAAAUCACGACUAGUGUAUAGGAGUGAAACAUGAUUGCUUGUAAAUGGUUGUCGUUGGUACUGAAAUAUUAUCUUCAAGACUGUAGCCAUAAUGAAUGUAAUGUAUUUUAAACAUUUUCCUGUAAAUAAAAUGCAUGUAGAGUUGAAUCUGUCUCAUGAAUGGUCUUCGUAGAUGUAUGUUAUCGGCAUGUAUAUCGGUUUUCUGUUUGGUGUGGGC